AUUUGUUUUUCCUUUCCUUUUUUUUGUCCUCAUAUUAUUUUAAAAACCCUCUUAACCAUCCUCACGACUUUACGGCCACCUUACAACCUUCGUUCAAGUCAUACAUAAUUGCUUUCUAUUCUUUCACAUACAUCCUCUUAAUUAGUUAAAAUGGGUUUCAAGCCAGGUAUGUUUAUGUUUAUUUCCAUUUUCAAGCAAUUUCCCACUUUCGCCGGAUGUGAAUCGACAGCGAGGAAAUUUGCCAUUGGGAACUACGAGAUGCGAAUUUGGUCUUGGGAUUCCAUAACGGUAUUGUCAGAGUGGUGAAGAUAGUCGGGCUGCCUUUGGAGAAGGCGUACCUGUCUUGUUGUGAGGGGGUGAAGUUUCGUUCUCCAUGCCGCCACUUGACAAGUCAACUCUAUUCUCCGCUCUUUCAAGUGUCCCAGCACUACCCAUAAGCUUCUACAAAGACAUAAGGAGUCGGCAGCAUCUCCCUACUCUCACAUGGCAUUGGAUCUCUGUUCAAAUUCCAGUCGCCACUCUGGGCGACGUGAAACUAUUACUUUCUCGGCACAGGCGUGAAGGAUACACACUUACAACUUUCUACUACAGGAGACGCAAAGAAGGGUGCCAACCUCUUCAAGACCAGAUGUGCCCAAUGCCACACUCUCGGCGAGGGAGAGGGAAACAAGAUUGGCCCUAACCUUCACGGUCUUUUCGGACGUCAAACCGGUUCCGUUGAGGGCUACUCAUAUACCGAUGCCAACAAGCAAAAGGCUAUCACAUGGGACGAGAACACACUUGUAUGUUUCUAUACCACGCCGGCUGCGAUUUCACAGUGGAUGGAGCAAUUUCUGACAUGAACCACAGUUCGAAUAUCUCGAGAACCCAAAGAAAUACAUCCCCGGUACCAAGAUGGCUUUCGGUGGAUUGAAGAAGGACAAGGACAGGAACGAUUUGAUCCAGUACGUUUGCCUCCACUUACACUCAGACUUUUCAGUCUUUUCAACAUCCACUGCUUCUAUGAUGAUUUUCUUAUUCGUUAAACUUCUUACGUCUACCAUGACUAUGAGGAUACAACAUUAUAUUCCAAUUGUUCCUUCUGAAAGUUCAGCUUAAAUCGUUUACUUCAUGCGACAUUUCACAUAGCAGAAGCUAAUCAUCUCCACAGACACUUGAAGGAGGAGACCAAGUAGGGGAUUUCACGACUAUUGUAUACAUAAGAUUAGACGCAGCGGCUUGUACUCUAGGUUAGACAAAUGUUCUCGGGUUAGAAGGAAUUUGGGUCAAGCUUUUUUUUGACCAACCAAAAUACAAAAUACAAACAACCAAACUCCUCUUCAUAUGUCUUCCAU